AUGAGCAGCUUUAUCAACUCGAAGAUCGUGACCGUCCUUGUGGGUCCAGAUGAGGUCGAGUAUUACUUCCAUAAAGACAUACUGGUCGACUCGUGCCCAUUCUUCGCAAAGUGUCUCUCAGUGAAUAUGGAAGAACAUCUAGCGAACAUCGUCAGAAUGCCGGAAGAUACAACCCGCGCCUUUCACCUCCUCACCUUGCACCUCUACGGAAAAACAAUUCCCGCUCUCACUCACAUGUUGAAUGUCCUCGACAACAUCGAGGCCUGGAUUCUUGCGGAUAAGCUAUGCAUGCCUCACUUCCAGGAUAUCCUCAUGGCCAGAAUGAUGAGAUAUACCGAGUACAAUUACAUUUUCCCGGGCUACCUUGCCGACCCCAGUAUCGUACUCAACCCGGACUCCAUUCUCGGCAAAUUUCUGCGAGAUCAAGUUAUCCACGAUAUGGCCAGAGCGGCUGGAACCCUAUCGGGAGCAGUAUAUUCGGGAAUGAGCGAAGAAACUUGGGAUGGUUUGCUCGGUAACGGUGUCGUCGAUAGCAGGAUGAUUCUAGAUCUGGUCACUGCUGCCAAAAGCACUCCUGUCAAUCCAUCGAAGCAAGGUUGCAAAUACCAUGUCCAUGGAACCACCGGGGUGUGCAUGGUCCCAAAUUAA